GUAAGAAGUAACAAAUAGACAAACGUCACAAUGGGAUCUAUGAAUCCUAAGUUACCAGCAAAAAUCCACAUAAACAUGGUGUUUCAGUUGAAAUCAAACAGUAAGUUUCUUGGAAUUUCUAAUAUAAUAGGAUCUCACAUGGUAACCUCAUUUUCAACAAACGAGGAUUGAGUGACGAAACAUUUGUGGAAAGAGGUUUUAUUGUAAAGACAAUGGCUUGCUUGACUGUAAAACGGCAAACAUUACACGGACAUCAAUUUCAAAAUCAAAAUAUCGUGAGCAGAUCGAAUGGAGAUCAGAGCAGUGAUAAGUCAGACAAACAUGAAGAACAGAAGCAUCAAACGACUCCAGCUCCACCGGUAAAGCCUGCAAAAAUGAUCAAGGCAUCAUGUCAAUAUAGUGAUAAUUUGAGAGAUUUGUUCUACAAGAUAAACCCAUAUAGUCUUACGUGUUUAUACAAGACACCUUUCGAGGAAAAAGCUGUUAAAACUCUUGUUGAAUGUACAGAUGAAGAUGAUUACUUGAUUUACCACGAUGACCAUUUUUUAACUAACACCAACUGUGGUCAAAAGACUGGAGAUCCUCCUAACGAUUAUGUUGGUGCUACAAUUGAUUCGGAACACGCAGGUGAAAAAGGCUGUGAGAUUCCAAAAAAUGAAAUGGUCGAUGCAACUGACAAAAAGCCACGUUCAAGUAAAGCUUUGAAGCUGGUGGUAGACCUUUAUAAAUUACUGAAAAUGCCUUCAAACAAGGAAUCGGAUUCUGAGCUACAAUGCUGGACAACGUGUGAUAUACCUCAUCAAGAGGUCAGCUCAGAUGUCAUUAACAUGGUUAAAUCUGAGCAUCAAGCGAAAGUCCUUCGCCACCGGAGACACAGGCGCUCAUCCGACACUUGGAAAUAUUUUAACAAAAUCACGGAUCAACAUAAAGGGGGCGCUGAGACCAAUAGACCAAAGUCGUCAGAAACGAGAACAAAACAUGCACAUCCACCAAGGCAGAUGCCUGGUAGGCCUUCUUCAGAGCAAUCUAAAAACUCCACACAAUAUAAAAAUGACAGACCUUCCAUCACAAAACAAGGUCACUCAAGAGGUACCCCGUUCAAGUUCACACACCAUCGCCGCAGCGAUAUGCACAUCGAUCAAUAUAGGAACACUGUUACAAAAACCAAGAUAAAACAAGAUCUUGCCCAUAUACCCGCUCCGCAUCUGACACCGUGCGUCACCAAGGCACGCGUAAAGUGCGUUGAUGUUCGCUCUGGGGCGUGUAUUGAACCAAGCACCAAAGUUGCCAAGGUGACUGUUAUACCUGAGAAGUUUAACGAGAAGAAACAGAACCAGUAUCCACGACAACGCCAUAGGGAGCAGCAGAAUCAAACAAUCUUCCUUAGCAAAGGACAAAGUGUUCUCAUUCGUGAUUCUCCCAGAUCGCUCUCUGUAGACUGCAAAGGGCAAAGUGCCAUCUACGAGGCUCCUUGCAAACAAGGUGAUCACAAUACUAUUAAGGCUGACCAAAGUAAACAAACAAUUACGAAACAACAAAGAAAACCAAGAGUGAGCCCGAUUGUCUGCCGUAGUAGACCAUCAAUCCCAAGUAACUCCCGUGGUAGGAUAUUUGACACUGCCGUGGAUAUGCCAAAAUAUAUCGUCUCUUAUUUAAAAGCAAAAGCCCCAGAAAUACAACAGACAAACAGAUCAUGGUCCUCAAUAACAAAUAGGCCAUCGACUGCAAGAGAAACAACAUUAACAAAUCUGGAAUGUAAAACACAAUGACAUGUUCUCUCGCUACAUUGGCUACCCUUAAAUCAUCUGCAAAUAAUUGUACAUUACUAUUGAUCAUAUACUGUAUUCUAAACCUUUUUUAUCACAUCCAAAAAAUAAAUGAUUUCUUAAAACUAAAA